CCCGCCCGCCUUUUGCGUGGAAGAUGGCGGGUGGCGUGGACGGCCCCAUAGGGAUCCCGUUCCCGGAUCACAGCAGCGACAUCCUCAGCAGCCUGAACGAGCAGCGGAACAACGGGCUGCUGUGCGACGUGGUCAUCCUGGUGGAAGGCCAGGAGUUCCCCACCCACCGCUCCGUCCUGGCGGCGUGCAGCCAGUACUUCAAGAAGCUCUUCACCUCAGGGUUAGUGGUGGACCAGCAAAACGUGUAUGAGAUAGACUUUGUGAGUGCGGACGCCCUGUCGGCGCUGCUGGAGUUCGCCUACACCGCGACCCUCACCGUCAGCACUUCGAACGUCAACGACAUCCUCAACGCGGCCACUCUGCUGGAGAUCCCGGCCGUCAGGGAUGUCUGCACGGAUCUCCUGGACAGGAAGAUUCUGGCCAAAAAUGACCAGAUGGAUACAGUAGAUCAAAUUGAUCAGAGGAACCAUCUCAGAGCAAAAGAGUACCUGGAGUUCUUCCAGAGCAACCCCGUCAACGGCCACCAAGGCAGCUUUCCGUGGACCAACCCAGAGUUGAGAGACCUUCAGAGACUGAACUUCCGAGGCCAAGAGGAGGAGGAGGAGUCCAACUGCAACGGCCUGGACUUCUACUCGCAGGCCACCCCAACCGAAAGACCAAAGGCAAGUGACUGUGACCCUGACAGCAACCCGGCCAUGUGGCUGGACCGGGAGGAGGAGGAGCCGGUCACCGGCGGCAUGUUCUCGCCUUCCCAGAACGGACAUUACAGCAGCCGUGGCUUGGCCACGCCGGGAGAAGAGGAGGGGGGGACCCCCCGGGGGCCUCUGGACCCGCAGGAAGCCGGCGACUCGCCCGGCUUCAUCCCCACCGGAGCGGAGACGGAGGACGACGCGCGGGAGGUGGACGACUUGGCCGCCAGCGCCCUCCUGCAGCAGAUGAUCAACUCGGUGGGGCGGCAGCAGCUCGGGGACGACGACCGCAAGGACGACGACGGGGUCAUGGAUUAUUACUUGAAAUACUUCGGCAGUUCGAACGAGGGCGACGUCUACCCGUCCUGGUCCCAGAAGGAGAAGAAGAUCAGGGCCAAAGCAUUCCAGAAGUGCCCCAUCUGCGAGAAGGUGAUCCAGGGCGCCGGGAAGCUGCCGCGCCACAUCCGCACCCACACCGGGGAGAAGCCCUACGAGUGCAACAUCUGCAACGUGCGGUUCACCAGGCAGGACAAGCUGAAGGUGCACAUGCGGAAGCACACGGGGGAGAAGCCGUACCUGUGCCAGCAGUGCGGGGCCGCCUUCGCCCACAACUACGACUUGAAGAACCACAUGCGAGUGCACACCGGGCUGCGGCCCUACCAGUGCGAAAGCUGCUGCAAGACUUUCGUCCGCUCCGACCACUUGCACAGGCACCUUAAAAAAGAUGGAUGCAACGGGAUCCCCUCGCGGAGGGGCCGCAAGCCGCGGGUGAGGGACGGGGCCGGGGCGCUGCCGCCCACCCCGACGGGCGCCGCCGAAGACGGCGGGAGUUUUGCGGCCGGUGGGGAGAGCCAGGAAUCCGAGGACACCCCCCCAUCCCAAGGGAACGACCAGGAGCAGCAGCACUUUGAGGAGAAUUCAAACCAUGACGAAGCGCCGGGAUUGAAUGUAGCAGGAGGAGGAGGGUCGGAUGAGGGUAACGCGCAAGGACUCUCCUAAACCAAAAAAACAAACAAACAAAACGCAAAAACAAAAACCAACAAACAGACCCCACACACCCGGAAAAACGAACCAAGUCACAAAAAUCUAGUUAGUACUUUUUUCCCUCCGAUUUUUCUCUUUAAAAAAAACAAAAAAAACCACAAAAACAUGUUUCUCUCCCCCCACC